GCAGCGCGGGCGGGGGGACAGCGGUGACGGAAAGCGGCAGCUGGGGGGGACGGCAGCGGCUGGGUUGACUCCCUCUCCCCUCCCCUUCCCCCCUCCCUCCCCGGCCGGAGGAAGAUGGAGCUCGGUUAGUAAGGGCUUGCGGGAGGAGCAGCGGGAGCAGACACAUGAUACUGCAGAACUUCAAAAUCAGAAGUAAAAUCAGCUGGACAGUUGCCUCCUGCCUUCCUAAAUAGGGAGAAAGUGGGUUUACUGGUGUGGAUGCCAGCCUCAUUUGCUUCACCAAAAUGAGAUAGGGCAUGCAGGAGAGAAGGGAGAUUUUUAAAAGUAGAACCUACCAUGAUUUCUCAGGGGACAAAAUUUUGCUUAUUCAUACCUUCUACUGUGGCAAAAAUGGAUUAUUUUCCUCACCAAAAACCAGCAGCAUAACACCCAUCUGACACAUGCCUCAAGGAACUCUUAUUUAAAGUCUGUUGUAAUUUAUUUCUCUAUAGCUGUGGUACAAGCAAGAGCAAACCAAUAUCAUCUGCUACCAGUAGGAAAUCUCCAUGCUAGUCCUUACCCUUGGCUUGUGGUAAAGUUGCAACUGAGCCUGUGAGGAGGAAUUAACAGGAAAAAAUCUAAUUCAUGCUCAAAGAUGGAUGCCUUCUAGCCAACCAGUGAGUCCUACUGCUGCUACAUAUCUGGCAGCAUCUCUGAAUGAUCACAUGACUCUUGAUAUGGAUGCAGUCCUGUCAGACUUUGUUCGGUCCACAGGGGCAGAACCAGGUCUGGCAAGAGACUUACUGGAAGGCAAAAAUUGGGACUUGACAGCAGCUUUGAGUGACUAUGAGCAGCUCCGGCAGGUACACACCGCCAACCUGCCACAGGUGUUCAAUGAGGGCAAAUACUACAAGCAGCAGGAGCCAGAGCAGCCUCCCCAGGUGACGAAGGCUGAGCGGCCCUGCCUGCAAAGGCAGGAUGACAUUGCUCAAGAAAAGCGUCUUUCCAGAGGUAUUUCUCAUGCCAGCUCAGCCAUAGUCUCCCUUGCUCGUUCACAUGUAGCAAAUGAGUGCAGCAAUGAACAGUUUCCUUUGGAGAUGCCCAUCUACACAUUCCAACUACCAGACCUUAGCGUGUACAGUGAAGAUUUCAGAAGCUUCAUUGAACGUGACUUAAUUGAGCAGGCAACAAUGGUUGCUUUGGAGCAAGCAGGACGACUAAAUUGGUGGUCCACAGUGUGUACAAGCUGUAAACGUCUUCUUCCUUUGGCUACAACAGGUGAUGGAAACUGCCUCUUGCAUGCUGCAUCUUUAGGGAUGUGGGGAUUUCAUGACCGGGACCUUGUUUUACGUAAAGCACUCUAUACUAUGAUGAGAAGUGGAGCUGAAAAGGAAGCACUGAAAAGAAGAUGGAGAUGGCAACAGACCCAGCAGAAUAAGGAGUCAGGUUUAGUGUAUACAGAAGAAGAAUGGGAACGGGAGUGGAAUGAACUGCUUAAACUGGCAUCAAGUGAGCCUCGUACACAUUUCAGCAAAAAUGGAGGCACUGGUGGUGGAGUUGAUAACUCAGAAGAUCCAGUGUAUGAGAGCUUAGAAGAGUUCCAUGUUUUUGUCUUAGCCCAUAUUUUGAGAAGACCUAUUGUUGUAGUAGCAGACACAAUGUUACGAGACUCGGGGGGAGAAGCAUUUGCACCUAUACCAUUUGGAGGAAUUUAUUUGCCACUUGAAGUUCUACCAAACAGAUGCCAUUGCUCACCUCUUGUGCUAGCCUAUGAUCAGGCUCAUUUCUCUGCUCUUGUUUCCAUGGAACAAAAAGAUCAACAGAGAGAACAAGCGGUGAUCCCCCUGACUGACUCUGAACACAAGUUACUGCCUUUGCACUUUGCGGUUGAUCCUGGGAAAGACUGGGAGUGGGGAAAAGAUGACAAUGAUAACACCAGACUGGCCAAUUUGAUUCUGUCUCUUGAGGCAAAGCUUAAUCUUCUGCACAGCUAUAUGAAUGUAACAUGGAUACGCAUACCAUCUGAGACACGGCAGGCCCCUUUGGCUCAACCAGAAUCCCCUACAGCUUCAGCCGGGGAAGACGUUCAGUCUCUGGCUGACUCAAUGGACUCAGACCGAGAUUCCAUCUGUAGUAAUUCCAACGGCAAUAAUGGCAAAAACAGUAAAGAAAAAGAAAAGGACAAACAGAGGAAAGAUAAAGACAAAACCAGGACGGAUUCAGUUGCCAAUAAAAUAGGAAGCCUCAGUAAAACCCUGGGAAUUAAACUGAAGAAGAAUAUGGGUGGUCUUGGAGGCCUGGUGCACGGCAAAAUGAGCAGAGCCAAUUCAGGGAAUGGCAAAAACGGUGAUGCAGUAGAGAAGGUCAAAGAGAAAAAGUCUAAGUCUCGAAAAGGAAGCAAAGAGGAAUCUGGACAGUCUGCAAGCACUUCUCCAUCUGAAAAGACCACGCCAUCUCCAACUGACAGAGCUAGCAACUCACCCGUUGAAAAGAUGAACACUAAAUCCUUCUCUGACAAGCAGUCUGACCCAUGGAAGUACAGCACUGAUGUGAAACUCAGCCUCAAUAUUUUGAGAGCUGCCAUGCAGGGUGAACGAAAGUUUAUUUUUGCUGGCCUUCUUUUGACCAGUCAUAGGCAUCAGUUCCACGAGGAGAUGAUAGGCUAUUACCUGACCAGUGCACAGGAGCGUUUCAAUGCAGAGCAGGAACAGAAAAGAAAGGAUGCUGAGAAAAAGGCUGCACUGAAUGGGUCAUCUAGUAGGAAACUGGAGCCAGAAGCAUAUUCAAAAGAAAAACUAGAAACAUCUCCUCAGGAUAGGGCAUCACCCGUCUUGCCUCAAAGCCAUACAACUCAACUGGUUUUAAAAUUUAAAGAUCGCACUAGUCCCACUCCUGGGUCAUUUUCUUCACCUAGUAAUGGUGCUAAGAAAAGCGGACCCAUUCCAGUAUCUGCCCACUAUAGCCAUACGCCACCUGUUCAAAGGCAAAGUGUCAUUCAUUUGCAUGAUGUCAACCCCAAGCCAUCGAGCUUCCAAGACGAUACCUACAAGCCAGUGGUUGGCACCUUAAAAACCUGUGCCACCUAUCCCCAACAAAACAGAUCGCUGUCUUCUCAAAGCUAUAGCCCAGCCCGGAUAUCCGGUAUCCGUACAGUGAACACAGUGGAAUCGCUGAGCUACGCCAUGCCCACUGAACACAAGUCUCAGACGUACACAAAUGGAUUCAAUACUGGUGAUAUUAGAGACUGCUUAGAAUAUGCUGAUGAGGAUGCUCCUCAGACCUGGUUGAACAAUGAUAAAAAUCAAGGCAGAAGCACAGUUUGCCCAAUAUACUCCACCCAGCAGAACCACUGUAAGAAGGAGAACUGUUCCUUUUAUGGUCGUCCUGAGACUGAAAGUUACUGUUCAUACUGCUACAAAGAAGAGUUAAAGCGCAGGGAGAGAGAAAGCAAGGGACACAGGCAUUGAGGAUUCUUCUGUGACUACUUAGUUUUACCAUUUUCUUACUUACAAAGUAAACAGUGUUGAAUUGCAGUAAAAGGAAUCCUUAAAAAAAAGAAUAAAGGAUUGAUGACUAAAUAGUGUCUAGCUUUUCGCUUUUCCGGGGUAAUGAGGAAAUAAUAGGAUUAAUUUAUCAUAAAAAAAUAUUAUUUUCCAUUUUGUCAGUGUCUUUUUUACAUAUACUGGUAAGCUGAAGGGUUGUUUACUCCUUUGUCAGUGCUGUGUAUAUGUUUGGUCAAAAAUUUACUAAUGGUGCCUGAAUUUACACUGACAUCACUCAGGUAGUAGAAUGAUAGGGGAAAGUCAUAAUACCGGAGAUGUGGUGUUGUAGUAGGGUAGUAUCUGCCUUGCAGACAUUUGAAAUUCUAUAGCUACUAUGAGAGUAUUUUUUCCUCAGUAAAACCUAAAUUUUUCAUAGCCUUUUUUUUCAGGAGGGUAGUGAUUUUGCAUACUGCACAGUUUUAACAUGGCAGCAUAUUGCAUUACUACUAAUGUUUGUACUCAGUACUUCAUACUUUAGUAUGAAAUUGAAUGAUUCCGGGGAAAUGGGAGUGAAAGGUCUGAAUUCAUGAGGGCUGUAGCUCUUCCUAAUUUUAAGUUCUUACCAGUUAUUUCUACAUUUCCACAAAAAAAGUAGAUUUAAGCCACUUUUAUUUGUACUGAAUUUUUAAACAGGUUUUAUAAAAAGAUACAUUAUGACUUGCAAGACUUCACAUCACAAACCCCCCCCCACAUAGUAUAGUUUUGGGCACCUGAAUUUCAGUAGUAUUUUCAUUGCUUUUAAAACUGAGAGAAAAGUUAAAUAAAAAUAAAAAAAUUAUUACAUUUGGGAAAUUUGAUGACCAGCUAGGAAAUUUAAGAUCAUUUUAGUGCUGAAUGAACUGCUUGUCAAAACAAAUGUAUUGCAUCAAUUGAUUCCCUUAGUCACUGCAUCAAUUUAAUCAUUAUUUAUAUAUUCCUUCCGUAUUCCUACUUAUUGCAAAGGUAACUACUUCUCAGCCUUUCUAGCAGAGUGUUGGCCCCACCUAUUUUUGAGUCUUCUCCUAGAGUAAGUUAUGUACCAGUCAGGAGGUCCCAUGUAUGAGUGGCAGCUCCUAGCACAGAUUUACAGAGUCUGAUAUCCAAAUAUUUACAGUAGUAUUUGCAAUACUGUUGAAAAUAAAACUUGGUUUAUAGAAACAUUGCCAUAAAGCAGACACCGCAAAUACUGCUAAAAUAGAUGUAUGACAUUAGGAAGUUUUUUUGAACUCGCUGGUUUUGCCCCCCUCCACCAUCAACUGGCAUAAUGUAAUAAGAAUAGAUCUUUAGUGUUGUUACACUUGUAAGCAAUGGCUCAUUUACUGUCUACCUACUUUUUUUUUUUUAAAAGAGAUUAUUUUCCACAAAUAGGUGAAGUACUGCCUUCAAGACUGCUUACUCUGCCACCUAAAGGUGCAGAACAUGAGUUCUGCCUUACUCAUUAUGGAAUAGCACUUGUCUGGCACGCACAGGAAAGAUUCUUUGCCAAAGAGUCUGUGUUUCUGAUUCUUUUCUGCUGUACCCCAAUUUUUACUCUUGAUGUGGGUGGCACCAUUUCACUUGCAGACAGUAAAUCCUAGUUAGCCUUGAAACCAAGCUUAAAGUAGUCUGCGAAACAAGAUACACAAACUUAUGUUGAUGUGUACUGGCGUUCAGGCAAAGCACAUCAGCUUUUACUAAUGUCCCACUGAAAUCUGUGGAACUGAGUAGGUACUUAAAGUUGACCGCAUCUUUAGGUUUUCUGCUGAAUGGGAGGUUUAAAGAAUAGUUUCAAAAUAAGUCCAUUAGCCACUCCUAAAAAGUCGUGGUCUUUGCCAUGUUAGCUGUUCCAUGAAUGCAGACCUGUACUUUGUAUUUCUUGCCGUAUAGUGAGCAUACACUGAGCGUUACUGAAUUUGCCUUCCUUCCUAAAAGGGAAAUACUGGUACGUGUAAUGAGAGGUUAAAACUCCAUGUGACUUCUGUCCUUCAGGUAAGCACAUUCUAAACCUCAUGUCUCCAGUUGUGUACACUGGUAAGCAGUGUCUUUUUUUUGGUUAACUGUUGUAAUUACGUGUAAGUUCUCAUUGCCAAAGAAAUCUGUGAUUGCAGAUUAUGCUAAAACAAGCCAGAUCAUGUUAAAUCAAAUAUCACACUUGAUUGUAUUUGUUGCUGAGAUUGAGAAAACUGACAGGAUAAAACUUUAUGGAAAAAAAAAAAUUAAGAAUUCUUAGAGCAUUAGAGUAGUAGUAGCAUUUGAUACUCUGAGAAUUGCUUCUGUGUAAAGUUGUGCUUAAGAAAUACUACAUUAGCAGCAAACUACACCAGCCCAUGUAUUUAAGUCAGUUGUAUCUUUUCUGAAUGAGGAAAAAGAUAACAGCACAUAUGUAACAAUAAGCAAUUACCAUGAGAAUUUGCUGUUUCCCAUUUUUCAAUGGAGUUCUUUCUAUAGUAUGUUUUUAAGAUCUACUACUCACAAAAGAAAGAGGUUUACAGCUGGUCAAUGUUUAGAUAAAUUACUCUUCUAAAUUACUGAAAAGAUUGUACCUGUAUUUUAGAUUAUUUUGAAAAAUUAAUUGGUCUUCUGAAUAAUAAUAGGUUCAUCUGUAUAGGAUACCAAACUUCAGUGUUCACUGUUGUCCUCAAGUCACUCAGAUAUUUCCAUAAAUAUUAACCACUGCCGGAUUGCUCAUUUUGAAAUACCUGUUAGAUGAAAUACUGACAGAACACUUUUUAGUUGUGCCUGUUUCCUCAUAAUCCUUUUCUUCGUAGCUCUUUGAAUCAUUUGUUCAAUAUUUUUCUUUUAGAACUUUCCUCAACUAUCCCACUAUUUUAUUGUCCCUUAACAUCUGAUACUGAAAAGAAGUUGCAUGCCUACAAGGCAAUUUGCCAGCUAAAAUCUACCCAUCUUUUCCUAGUAGUUGUCCUUUUUUUCUGGAUAAUACUGUGAUUUCGCCCCCCCCCCCCCCCUUUUAUUUCUGAGCUAUUUUGGCAAUUGUCUAAAGGGGAUACCAUAGUUGGUAUUAAACAGUCCAAACAUGGAGAAACAGUGCCGCCUCCUGAAGAAGUGAUUGUCCCAUUAACAGAGUCUAGCUAUGAGAGGAAAUCUUCUACCUAUUUUUUUCCAGAGAGAAUUCCCAACUGUCAUGAGUUGCAUUCACCAGCACUGAAAGAAAUGGUGUCAUUCCUUUGCUAGGCGUGAGAGGGAAUAUUCUUCAAAUGUAUUUUUCUGUUGCACUAAAUGGCUAACCUUUGACUGCUCUUUUGGUUUAUUUUUUCCUUACAUUGAAAGCAUACAUAGCCCACAGGCCAGCAAGUCCUUUUGUGCCUGAUCUGUCCUCUCUGUACCUUCCAGAGCUUGUUAGAGUUACCAGUUGGUCCCAGCUGUAGAGAUAUCAGUUUUGGGUGUGGAGGACCCUAUUCAUUUCUUCUGUCAGCUCAACUGGCUGCAAUACACAUGCAUGUUUUUGCAUUUGUAUGUGCUUUUUCCUCCCUCUCUCCUUGAUAGUGAUUCAGCAAUUACCACUGUUGUCCAGGUUUCAAAAGUACAGACUAAAUCCUGGGUAGGCUACACCUUCCCAGAAUAGAUCCAAAAUCACUGAGAGAUAUUUCGGUUGGAGAAAGCUGGGACCUUUUAAUGUGUGAAUUUUUCUAGUUUAAAAAAGGCUUAAACCUAUUAUGCAAUUUUUUUACUUUGUUUAUAAACUCUGAUAGAAAGGUCUGUUCGUACCAGAGGAGGCCUGUAAUACAUAAUGGGUUUCAGUCACACUUUAUAUUAAAGUUCCACUUAAAACACUUUAUAAAGAGUUAAUAAACUAUUGCUAGACUUUACAAAUAUUUUUUUGGAUGUGGGUAUCAGUUGUAGCAUAUGGCUAACAAGCAGCUCAUUCAGAAGAAGGUGGUGUAGAUUAUCCAAAGUAACUUAAGAUAUUUUGGGUUUUAAAACAAUUGAUUAACCUCUUGUUGGUAUGGUUCAUUAAGCUUUAUAAAUGCAAUGGAAAUAUAGCGUGUGACCCAGCUUUCUUUAGCAAUUACUUCCUUCUUCCUAACUCAAAGGUAACGUUAAAGGGAUCAGUGAAAGAAAAAUGCUGUGCUUGGAAAUCUUUGUGUUGCUUAUUUCUUAAGAAGUCUAAAUAGGCCAAGUGAAGUCCUCAGAGUCGUCUUUUCUAAAAUUGCAAAGCUCAUGAUGUGAGCAGUAUUAAAGCAGUGAGGAGAGACGCAUAAUGUGGAUUCGCGCACCAUUUGACUGCAGAUCAAAGCAGUCUGCUGAGGCAAUAUCAGUCCUUGUGUAUAUAGGCAUAUUCAGGGUAAUCUACUUCUCGUGUGAUGAAUGUGUAGAUAUCAAAAAAUGCACAGCACAGAUCUGACAAAAUACUGCCCUCUAACUCUCUGAUUCUGCAAACAGUUACACUGGUGCUCAACUUCACUGAUAGGAAUAGUCUCCCUGACAUCCAGGAGACUGCUUAUUUAUAGAAACUUAACAUAACUGUUAGGAAAAAGCAUAAAAGUUUGUGGGAUCAAGGCCUGAGCUUUAGCCAGUGUUUGCUCCCCUCAGGCUGCCUCUUCCAGUGAGAGGAUUGAUGCGAAUGUUGCCUGAGUUAGAGGAAAGCCUUAGGCCUCCUUGGGCUAAAUCUGCUGUCCUCUGAAAUCCCGGGACAGAAUCCUGUUAGUAGUGGGGGCCUUAAAUCAGGUGCUUCAUGGACACACACAAUACUUGCAAGCUGUGAAAGUCAAGUAUGAGCUAGUAAGAGAGUAAGGUCUUCAUGACAGUGGGAAUGUUUUGCACACGUAAAAACCCUUACGUUAAUAGAAACCCAAAUAAUCUCAAACAAACAUAGGUCCAGAGAAGCAAAAUAACUGAUGCUGAUUGUAGAUGGCUUUUCAGCUUAGUGUAUUUUAAGUGUCUGUCAGUGUUACUUGAAGAGUAUUUGUUCUAGGGUGUGGCAGCUUACAUAGAGGAUCACCAAACAGUAUCUAGCAUAGAAUUUAAAUUAUUCCAGCAACGGACACUACCAUCUAUUUUAAUUUGCACAUCAAUUUCCAGUGUAUAUGACUAAAAUACUAUAUUGUUAAAAAUGAGAGGAAAACAACACAAAGGUGUUUUAAGUAUGUUCUGUUUGUAGACUUAAGGCUGUAUUAUGUUGGAAUUUUACAAGCCAAGUUUAAAUUGUAAUAUAGAAAUUAUUUUUAUAUUAUUUUCAAAAUAUGCUACAGAGCAAUAUUUUGCGCCUUUAUUAUAAACAGGGUCAUCAUUUUAGUAGGUUACCUUCAGAAAUGCUGGUAGAAAUUAACCAUGAAAAGAAAGCUUUGUAAAUGUACUUGUUCUUUCUAACUGCUCUGUCUCUUGUGCACAUCUAUAUCUAAUGGGAGUUGAAUAUACAAAUUUUUUUUAAUUGAAAAGCUUUAAAUUUUUCUUUAUAUAUUUUGGUACAACACUAUCCGUCCCUAUUUAAUUCUACUCUUCCUUCCAGUCUGUACCAAUAGCCACUUUUAUAAGCAGCUUCUGAAUAAACAUUCAUCUGGAAAGUUUUCUUAGCAAAUGAAACAUUUCUGCACAGAUAUUGACUUCGUAAUGCACUCUGAAUCCAUUGGAGUAGGAUUACUUUGCUUUUUUAAAAAAAACAGAAUCAGAGAUUUAUUAUUCCUUCAAAAUGAAAAUCAGGAAUUAAUAACUAGUGCAAUCAUUCAGCAUCUGUGGGAAGAAAAUCACUCUAGAGCAUAAUGGUGUUAUCCUCACAGAUACAUUGUAUCUUAAUAUAUAUCAAAAAUGCAUUAGCUUCUUGCAGAUUACAGUGUUCAGAUUUUAUUUCUUCGUAGUCCCUUGUUCUUUACAUAUCAAUUACUGAUGAACUGUGCAAAAAAGUCUUCGCAAACUACUGCGUAGUUAAGUUGGGAGUCAGUGUAGUUUUUAAAAUUCGAUAAGUUUUGUGAUUUGUUGGGGUUUGUUUGUUUAAGAAUUACUUUUAAGGUAUGUACUGCAACCAAAAUUUUCAAAUCUGGAUGCCUAACGUUAAGAUUUUGAAUCUAAGUUUCUCCUAAUACAUAGACUGGUUUUAAAACGUAUGGAGCAUCAAUUUCAGUGGGAGCAAAAGCUCUUUCUUGGUUUCAGAAAAUCAAGUGAGCAUUACUCCAACACAUAUUCAAGUCUUUUCUUUAUUAAUCUACACUUCUUUUCGGUCAAUGGAACUUACAUUUUCUCUUUAGCGAUUUUCUGUGUGUGAACAAAUAAUUGGGCUUAUUCAUAAAGUGAUUACUUGAAUGUGGAGAGACUUGCCUUGUACCAAAACACCAUGUAUUUGUCCAUUUAACUGCUGCAUUUUUUAUGGGGCUAGUGUAUUCCACUGAUUUUGGGGAGGGAAUAUAAGGCCUUUGUUUCUUGGAUGUCAUGUUCACUCUGUUUUGUUUGUUUGGGUUUUUUUUCCCUCUCAAGUGAAUAUGCCAUUCUGAUUGCUGUUUUAUCUCCCAUUACCUGAAUGCAUGUACUGUACCAAGAGAAUUGAAAUGGCUGAUGCACAUUUGCACUGUGGAACACGCAAUAUGGGUAAAAGCCACCAUGUUCCAAACAGCCUUAAAAUUAUGACUCUCUGGGGACUGAGAGUGACUUAACUGGAUGCGGCCUCUGUCCCACUUCCUCAUUUAACCGUGGCUGUAAAACACUCUAGCCUGCUCUAGUCUACGUAACCGUAUUCAUCUGAAUAACCUGUAAUCUUAAAGGAAAUUUUUCUUUAAAAAGUUGUAAUUCCUUGAUAAGUGUCAGUGUGUCAGGAAACCUUAGUCAAGAGAGGGGGGUAAAAAGAGAGAGAGAAUGGUAGCUAGGGGAGAAACCAUGGCACCAAAAUACUACAAAGAGGGAAAAUGGUUAAGAUGUAUCUAUUUCCUGUUCAGACUGGAUGUUUUUAGGUCUUCCUGUAUUCUGGGAAAACAGAGAAAUGUUGUUUUGCCAUUCACUUCUGCAUCUAACGUCUCUUACUUUGUUGCAGAGGUUUGCUAUUGGGGAAGAAGGGAGAGAAAAAUGGCAAGCUUUCUUCCCUUCUUAAACAAAGCCAAUUCUACUCCAGUGGCAGAAUCAUCUGAGAUUGCAAAAGUACAAUCCAAUGUUAGAACUAAACAGUGCCUAACUCCUGUGCAUAAGUUGUGUAUUUCAUUUUCAUUUUGCCCCUUUCAGAUGCUGAGGGGUUUUUUUUUAAAAAGGGGGAGGAGGGAAGUUAAAAGAAUAAGCUUGUAUGACAGUGACUCAGUUCUUCCUUUGUUCACGUGCAAAAUCAAUAUACACAUGAAAAUGGAGUUACACUGGAGUUGCACUUUCCCCUCAGGCAAGCUGAGAGGUAAAAGCCACCUUUAGGUAAAUCCUGUGAACUGCUUUGCCACGGAAUAAAAUUAGAACCCUUUGGCACAGAAACUUUGCCUGACAAAGCCCGACAGCGUGUCGGGAGCCUGAGGGCCGCGGCCAACCUAGCCAAAUCAGAGCAAGUCUGGUCAUUCCUGCCUUUAGAACCCAUACAGUUCCUUCUGGCCCAUUGUGUCUGAACAGUAUCUCUGCAGUAAAGAUGAAGUGGAACACUGCCUUGUUGUCAUUUGCCUCCAGGUUUAAGUAACACAAAGCCUCUUCCCUAUGCUUUUGGUUAAAAUAUGCAGGAGAUGUAGCAGCAAAACGUGUCAUCUCGGGCUGAGAGAAUGCCCUAUGUCUCCUUAUAAUGGGCUUGCAAUCAGGUAUGAAUUGAAACAUAGCCAUGUGGGCGUGAUAGAAGCGCUCCCAUCUCUAAACUUUGCAAAUUGUGUGCACUUAUGUUUUAAUACUAACAGAAAUUAAGCAAUGAUUUUAUUGUUUAUUUGCUCAAGAUUCUGAGUACUGUAAAUACAGUCUUUCUAUAAUGCACAUUGUGUACAGUACAAAAAAUUAUUUUCCCUUGAGCCACUCAGAGAGCUUUGCAUGCACAUGUCAAUCUCUGUUCUUUCACCAUAAGCCAAGGAGAACAAACAGGAUUUAAACCAGGAUUAGAUAACGAAUGGAAUUAGCCACAUAGACCUAAGCAGCUAGGAGUUCCCAACCACAGUAUUCCAGGCCAGCUUUGACAGUUUUGUAUCAAACUCUAUCCCAAUGAUCUAGAUUAGGUUUGUGCUCUUUCCUGGGGAGGAGCAAUUACUUCUAUGUCUUUCCCAAGCCUAUUGUUCUUACCCUGCAAACUCCUUGUUGCAUUUGUAAUGUGCCCGUCUCAUCACGAUUCAGCUAUGAAGCAGUUUUUCAAAUCUGUGUAGAGCUCGUUUUCUUUUUGGAAUCUGUCUAGAGCUUUAUUUUGCAUUCAAUUUUAAGAUGUAAAAUACUGUUAUCAACUUAUAAUGCCUCAAAGUUGACUUGUGUGGCUGAAAGACUUUGUUCUCCUUGGAAGGCCUCAUUCUUCCUCAUUGAUUCUUGUGACUAACAUUUUUGUAUGGAAAAAGCUGAAUGAAACAUUGAAAAUACCAAUGCUGUUUACAUGUAUUUCUGCCAUUUCAUAACUUCAUCUUUUUUGUUAUGCAAUUCUUUGUUGUUAAACCCCAGUGCCUCUCAGAUACAGGCAAAUCUUGAAGGACAGUCUGAAUUAUUAUACACAAAAGGCAUAUGUAGCUAAUUCAUCAUAACUUUACUAUUACUGUGUAUAAUAUGGCCUCCCCAAAUUGUUUGUACAUCUCUCUCAUUUUUCCUUUCAUCUUCAAUUUCCUUAGACAGAUUCUAAAGCUCUUUGUCCUUAAAGCCUGUGGUAGAUUUUCCAAUAAAGAUUUUACUUUCUCAAUUCAGUUUGUAUGUAGAGUGGCUUGUCUCCCCGAACAAGAAUCAAAAUAACACAGAUGUCACACCCUUAGUUUAUUGAAGUUCAUUUACUCAUUUAACUGAGAGUCUCUGUUCAAUUAUAACCAAAGCUAAUUAUAUAAAGUGUAAAAGAUCAGGACAGGUAAUGUAACUCUUUCUAAUAACCUAGCAAACUCAGCAUUUUUAAAACCAUAGAAAUGUACAAUAAAUGUAUUUGUACUUGAAGUUCAUAUUUCAAAGAAAGAUAGUAGUUGGCUCCCACCAGUGCUUAAGUAAAUGUUAAUAAGGACUAAAGCAAGUCUCCCUGAUUUUUGUUGGCUAAGAAUUCAACUUCUUCAUAGUCAUACCAUCCUUCUCAUUUUUCAAAGUCUGAGUUUGACUUUCUUGUUGUCUUCUAUAAAUUUAUACUAUUUUAGCAAAGAUUGAUUUAGGAUUUCAAUAACCAAUAUUAUAGAUAUAUCGGAAAUUUAUUUAAAGCUGAAGUGACUUUUCAGGUUUCUCAGUGUUUGACCAUUUUCAUGCCAUCCUUUUACCCCAUAUGAAAGGAGUGAAUUUAUCUUUUCCCAUUCCCUUCCCUAUUCAUAAGUUAAAGAUGCAAUUGGUUGCAGUCACUUUCAUCUGCAAACAAAACAGUUGAUCGUUUUUAAGCUGACUGCCAUAUCAUGUUUAAAUCCAUUGUUCAAAAGAAAUAGGAGUAUUAAUUAAUGUUAAAGCAUAAUGAAUAUUUUUUGUUGUGAAAAGUGUGAGUUCUUGAGAACCUUUUCUACAUGCAGUUUUCAUUCAAAUUCAAUUGAAAUGUCAUUUUUAAUCUGAUCCAUACUUUGACAAAGAUGAUGUGUUAAGAGCUGUUUUUAGCAGUUGGAUUGUUACUUUGUAAAGUAUUAAAGCACUAAACCAAUUUUUGCAAUAGGUAGUACAACUUGCUUUUGUUUUGAAAAACUUCCAGUUAUAACUGUCGCACUUUUUAUAGCAGAACUGUAUUUAAUUUCUUUCUUUUAUGAAAGAUUACUCAAAGUAACUGAUAGCUCUGUAAUCUGUGUGAAUUGGCUUCUCCAUUAUUUGAAACUGAGAGAA